AAUUAAUCUGAAAAAAAAAGUAAUAUUAAGUCUCUUUGAUAAUUGUUCAAUAUUUUAAAACAAAUUGAACAAUUAAAUAAAUAAAUAAUAUCAUACUUCAUCACCUAAAGGUUUUAAUAAUAAAAAGGAAAAUUAAUUUUAACCAGUCGCCUUCUUUCGCACAUCUAGUAGUGAGUUGUCACUUCCUUUUACCCCAGAACUCCUUCUUUUCUAUGCAGGCUCCGAAGAAGGAGGUUGGUAUGAAAUUAAAGUGCUUUUAAUAUUCAGAUUAAGAAUAUUUUCAGUGUUUUCCACCCUAAGUAAAUUUACUUACGGUGACUUUUUCGUCUGCUUUAUAUAUUUGUAUUCUUUAAAAUGAAGAUUUGGGUAUUACAUGUAUGUGGCCUAGUUUAAUUGUAAUUUAGCCACCACGUGGACGUCUUAGGACUGCUUAGUUUGGUAAUAUCGCCCAUUUGCGGCUCGGAAUUAUUUAAGAAAUAUUUAAAUUAGUAGAGCUUUAUUUAUAUUUGGAAUACAUUUAACUGAGUAAUGUCACAAUUUCUGCCCUAAGAAUUGAAUUGGUACAACGUCGUAAAAACAGAAUAAUUGUUUAAUUAGCCCUUCAAACCGGAACAACUGGAUUUUUCCUGGCCGGUUAGGAUUAAGGUGUCCAAUGGUGACCCUUGCACAGAUUGUCUGAAUUUACAGACUUUUUCUAUUCCAAACAGUUUUUGACUAACAUACCGAUACACUUUCCCAGCCAAUAUAUUAUCUUGCUAAUAAAUGGAUGUUUUUUUAAAUUAUUUUCAGUUAACCCUUUAAGAUGCCUGGUAGUGUACCCACGCUUCACAGUAAGACUUACACAACUCCUCGUCGUCCUUUUGAAAAGGAACGACUUGAUCAGGAGUUAAAACUUAUUGGCGAGUAUGGUCUUCGCAACAAACGAGAGGUGUGGAGGGUAAAAUAUACUUUGGGAAAGAUAAGAAAAGCUGCAAGAGAUCUUCUGACACUUGACGAAAAGGACCAAAAGCGACUUUUCGAGGGUAUGUUGUUUUGCAGGCUAUUUUAAAACGAUCAAGUACCAGUGUAAAAAGCCUUACCCAGGAUUUCAGACAUAGCCUUUUUAGGGUACCCGGUAUAGCAGAAAUUACUUAUAAUACAAUUUGUGUCCACUGUAUUUAUGCUAUUAAGCAUGUAGUGUUGACAUGCAGGUUUGGUUUAAUUCUUAAAGAAAAUUAUAUAAUACUUCUGCCAGUGAAAUCAGAGUUCUAAUGUCCCUUUUUUUCUAUUUCUGAUUAUCCUUUCAGGUAAUGCUCUCCUCCGCCGACUUGUCCGCAUUGGUGUGCUUGAUGAGAGCAAAAUGAAGCUCGAUUACGUUUUGGGUUUGAGACUGGAGGACUUUUUGGAAAGACGUCUUCAGACUCAGGUUUUCAAGUUGGGCCUUGCCAAGAGCAUCCAUCAUGCUCGUGUCCUGAUCAGACAGAGACAUAUCAGGUGAGUUGCCUUGACAACAGAUUAAUACCUUUCUGACUGACCUAUGACUAUUUUUUAUAAAUUUAGGAAGCUUCUAAUCUAGAUCAAGAUGGUGGCAUUUUUGUGGUCAAAAUGAACAUCAGAAAUGUUUAACUUCAUGCUCAAAAUAUUUUGUUCACAUUGCAGAUGGUUUCAUUUAUGGGUGCACUGUAUUUGAGUUUUGGCUAUCACUGCUAAACUGGAGAGCAGCUCGACAUUUUGAGCAUGGGUUGCUUAAUGAUGGUUAUACAUUGAUAGGCCACUGAGGUUUAUAAUAGCCUUAUGUCUAUCAGUAGAGUUAUACUGUUCAUAGCAGGUAAUCUAAUGUUCAGAGUGUUGUAUGCUGUUCAUCUUAGUUUGCUAUACUUUUUUGUUUUGGAGUCUGGGUGUUAUUCCUCUAUCAUUUUUAUGUAUAUACAUUUCCCUCCUUUUGCAGAGUACGCAAACAAGUGGUUAAUAUUCCUAGCUAUGUUGUGCGCUUGGACUCACAAAAGCACAUCGACUUUUCUCUGAAAUCACCAUAUGGUGGUGGUCGUCCUGGUAAUUGUUUUUUUUUUUAAAUAGUAAAGUUAAUUUUUUUUUUUUUUUAAACAUUCUUUAGCUCCCUAGUAAUUGUAUGGUCUAGGUACUUAAGUAAAUCUAGGGUCACUUCUAGCAAAUUUGUAAAUUGGGGCUAUGCAAUGGAAUUUUGAGUUUUUUUUGUUGUCAUUUUCAUAAUACAGUAGUUCUUUCGGUCCAUAAUCAUUACGGUCUGAAAAUCAAUUUCGUAACUGAGUUGCUUCCCUUUUCUCGGGAAAAUAAAUUAAGUACGGAAGUAGCACUGCCAGAGGAAAUUAGUAUAAUAAAACUUGAUUUUUUUAAUUUUUUGGGGGGAUUUUUUUUUUUUUCUAGAAGUACUGUACCUAUAUUGUAAAUUAAAAAAAAUAUUUAUAUCAUUUCAAUUUUUCAUUCCCUAGGCCGUGUAAAGAGGAAGAAUGCCAAAAAGGGACAGUCCACUGGUGCUGCAGAAGAUGAAGAUGCAGAAGACUAAGCAGUUUUUCAUUUACUGUUUUGAAGUUUAAUAAACUUAAUGUCUCAGAA